AUGCGUCGCCGACAGAGCAUACAGGUUCUGGAACUCGAAUCAAGAGUCGAACAAUUAGUAGCAGAAAAUCGCGCGCUUGCCGAUGCAAAGGCCCACGCCGAACAGAACCUAUCUCAUCGGACCGCCUCCGCCAUUACCGAGCGCGAUGCCGAAAUCGAAAGUCUCAAGGCUUCUCUCGAAUGGCUGCGAAAAGAAGUCACUCGAUUGACUGAGGUCAACGAAGGUCUUCACAGCGCCAACAACGUACUUGCUUUUCAACAAAAUGAGAAGUACAACCGCCUCGAAUCGCAACACGCGUCGGCAGCGAAAGAACUCGAAGACUCUCGCAUAGCUCAGAAUAAUUACGAUAGGACAAUACAAGAAAAAGACAGCGAGAUUCAGGAGUUGCGCGCCCAACUUGAGGUUACCAAACAGCAAGUUAAGGAAAUGCAACGGCAAAUACUUGCCCAAAGACCUCACGACGCCGACUUCCUUCGUCUUAAAGAUGAAGAUCAUUUUGACCAUCGCUGCCAACAAUUGUGUCAACACGUGCAGCAAUGGGUUCUUCGCUUCUCCAAGUUCUCGGAUAUGCGUGCUUGUCGGUUGACAAGCGAAAUCAACGACGAAAAGAUCAUUGACCGAUUGGACAACGCAGUCUUAGAUGGCUCUGAUGUCGAUGAAUAUCUCAACGACCGAGUGAGACGUCGUGACAUAUUUAUGUCUAUGACUAUGAGUAUGAUUUGGGAAUUUGUCUUUACUCGUUACCUUUUUGGAAUGGACAGGGAACACCGACAGAAGCUCAAGUCUCUCGAGAAGCUUCUCUUAGAAGUCGGACCACCUGCUGCUGUCCGCCAGUGGCGUGCCAUAACGCUGACGCUGCUAUCCAAGAGGCCAGCGUUUGGUGAUCAGCGCAACCAGGACACCGAGGCCGUCGUACAGGCCAUCUUCCAGACCUUAUGCAUGAUCCUCCCGCCUCCGUCCAAUUUGGAGGCGCAAAUACAAUCCCAGCUCCGCCGUGUCAUGCGCGAAGCUGUUGAUCUUUCAAUAGAGAUGCGUACACAGCGUGCGGAAUACAUGAUGCUACCGCCAUUACAACCUGAGUACGACGCCAAUGGCGAUCUAGUGCGAACCGUUGCUUUCAACGCAGCGCUCAUGAACGAGCGGUCCGGAGACACCAUCUCUAAUGAGCAGUACGAAGCCCAACAUGCCAUCGUUCGCACCGUGCUCUUCCCACUUGUAGUUAAGAAGGGCGAUGACAACGGUGUUGGAGACGAAGAAGUUGUCAUCUGCCCUGCACAGGUGCUUGUCGCCAAACCCCCGCGUCGCGCCACCAUCCGCAUCGUCACACCCACGUCCGAAUCAGGCAGCAUCCCGCUGUCGCGAGGCGCAACGCCUUCCGCAGCUGCACCUAGCACCGUCAGCCUGCAGAUGAAGGACGCCCCCCUACCCAUCCCAACUCCCCCACAAGAGGCCGAGUACCUCGAAGGCGGCAUCUAG